UUAGAUUUUCACAAAUAAGUCUAGUUGUUUUUCUACUGCUUAUGGCUUAUUAGCCUAUUACGCUUAUAAAUUCAGCUUUGUUUCGUCUAAAUUAGAUCUAAAAUGACAGAAAACGUGUUUGCUUUUACAACAAUGAAUAUGACAAGUUCAGCUUCUGACAGUGGAGAUGAUAUGGAUGAUAGUAAAGGUGAAGAUGAGAUGAAACCACUUUCUAUAGUAACUGAUCUGAGCCCAUCAAGUCCCAACGGUCCCCUUAAGAUGCCUAAAAGUCCUUCAAAAGUGUCCUCCAAGAAAAGAAUCAGAGCACCUCCUGGAUCAGCGAAACCAGAAGAGCGGCGAGUCCUGCACACUCAUGGGAGAAGAACUUUAUAUACAGCUGGCCGCCCCCCCUGGUAUAAUAUGGAAGGACAGUUAACUAAUGCUUUUGUUAUAGGUAUUUGUGGAGGUAGUGCAUCAGGAAAGACAACUGUUGCAAGAAAAAUUAUUGAAGCUCUAGAUGUCCCUUGGGUUAGUUUAGUGAGCAUGGACUCAUUUUACAAGGUGCUAAGCCACGAACAGCAUGAGAAAGCUAUCAGAAAUGAAUACGAUUUUGAUCACCCAGAUGCCUUUGACUUUGACCUGAUUGUAUCAACAAUAGCACGCUUAAAAGAGGGUAAAAAUGUCAAUGUUCCUGUUUAUAACUUUGCAACACAUGCUCGAGAAAAAGCAAUGAAGACAAUAUAUGGUGCUAACGUUGUCAUCUUUGAAGGGAUCAUGGCCUUUGUCAACGCUGAACUUCUUAAGCUGAUGGACAUAAAAGUAUUUGUGGACACAGAUUCUGAUGUGAGACUUGCACGGAGACUAAGGAGAGAUAUUGCGGAGCGAGGUCGUGAUCCACAGGGUGUAUUAAAACAGUAUAUGAAGUUUGUCAAGCCAUCCUUUGAACACUACAUAGAACCGUCCAUGCGAUCUGCUGACAUCAUUGUACCCAGAGGGGGUGAAAAUGAUGUGGCCAUUAAUUUAAUUGUUCUCCAUGUUCAUAAUCAACUUCAGGCUAGAGGGUUCAAGUUGAGGUCAAAACUAGCUCAGUCUACUCACAAUGGUCAACCAAUGCCAGAAUCAUUACACAUCUUAGAGAAAACACCUCAAGUCAAUGGCAUGCACUCAUUUAUACGAGAUCGAGGUACAUCCCGAGAUGAAUUUAUUUUUUAUUCUAAGAGGCUAAUGCGACUGUUGUUUGAAUUUGCUAUAUCAAUGUUACCUUUUAAGGAUGUUGUUGUUGAGUUACCUCAGUCUAUGACUUACAAUGGCAAACGUAUUGCUGUUGAAAAGAUAGCAGGUGUGUCAAUAUUGAGAGCUGGAGAGACCAUGGAACAAGCUUUGUGUGAAGUAUGUAAAGAUGUGAGCAUUGGUAAAAUUUUGAUCCAGACCAAUCUAGAUACAGGGGAACCAGAGCUUCACUAUACACGCUUACCCCGAGAUAUAAAAGACCAUUACAUCUUCCUACUGGAUGCUACAGUAGCUACUGGUGCUGCAGCCAUGAUGGCCAUUCGUGUGCUUCUUGACCAUGAUGUUCCAGAAGAGAAAAUAUUCCUGUGUUCUUUGUUGAUGGCUGAAUCAGGUGUCCAUACUGUGGCAUAUGCAUUCCCUAAAGUGAAAAUAGUGACAACGGCUGUAGAUAAGGAAAUGAAUGAAGAUUUUCAUAUAUUACCUGGACUUGGUAAUUUUGGGGAUCGCUACUUUGGAACAGACUUCAAUGAUUAACUAAAAUACACACACACUGGUUUAUUGGGAAUUUUUUUGGCAGCACUCAUUAUUUUCCAAAGUAAGGUGUCUUGAAACAAAAGCCAGGCAAACAUGAAAACCUUGCUAUUGUAUUAUUGAUUAGAGAUCUGUUUAUUGAUUAUACAAGUUUUAUAACAGUUGAUUUGUAUGUGUUUGAAAUACUUGGAAUUAAGAUACAAAAACAUAAGAACCAAAUAUUUUGCUGUAUUAGAUAAAAUCAGAAGUUCAUUUGUUCACAGCUUCUCUCUCUUCAAUGCCUUUUAAGGCAUUGCUUAGUCCACAAUGUUAAACAGCCUGAACACAUCAGUCUUUUGCUGCCCAUGUGUCACUUGAGAAGUAAACAAAAUGCUUUUUUUUUAUAGUGAGGAAAGCUGCAGUAGCCCUUUGAAUCUCAUGACACUGUAGAGAACAAGAAUGGACUGCUGGUGAAAUAUAUUUACAUUACUUUGAAUACUUUUUUUGACACAGGUAAAAUCUUCCAUGUUUAUAUUCAGACUUAUUUUGAAGGAUUUGUCUUUACAGACAUAACUUUUGUAAUUGUGUCAUUAAAUUAUUUUGCAUAUAGUUAAUGAAACUCCAUUGGAGAAAAUGUUAAUUGGCAGUAUUUAUUUGUUGUCUAACAGAAUUAUCUUUCACUUUUUUGUUGUAAAAUAAAAAGAAAUAUUGUUUUGUUACUCCAUAGGUUAUAUUUCAAAAUAAAAUCUUAACAAACUUAUUGAUGUGCCAUAUUAGCUAUUAUCAUUACAUUUAUGUUUUGUUCUAUACUCAUAAACUGAGAAUUUACUUGUGUAAUGAAGGCCAUUAUGUUGUAACAAUUAAGCAUUUAUUCUUCAGAUAUUAGUUUUGUUGUUUUAAAUAAAGUGUACAAAUCAAUUUAUGUGAAAGAUUUCAUGGCAAAAAGCAUUUAAAAUGUUUUUCUUUUUUUUUUUCAUUUUUAUCUUUGUAUUGUAAUUGUUAAUGGAACAGAUUUAUUUAUCCAAAAGUAGAGUAUUUUCAUUCCCAAUGAUUAUUACUUUAAAAGAAGUUCUAAGACUAUCAUAUUUCAAAUUGUAGGGUUUUCUUUUACCUAAUGCUCUAUAUAUUUGUUGCUUUUGUUCUAUUGGUUUUGUUUACCCAAUUAUCCUGGUGAUAUUGUUUGCAUUGAAAAAAAAAAGAUUUUGUCUCAAUGAAUUGCAAAUUCUUUCAUUCUUUACAUGCUAAGUAAAUUUUACAAAAAUAAAAUGAAAACUAUUUUUUUUUUUUCAGAUCUGGUUAUAAAAAGAUAAUGUUAAUAUUUCAGAUAUACAAAGAGAGUUUAAUAUGUUGUCAAUCACCAAUUUUUGGUAAUUCUGAAUGAGAAAUUUAAGAAUAUUGUUUUCUCCAGAUUUAGUCUAGAUAAAAUAAAAGUUUCUACUAGAUCUUGAUGUCUAUAUCUAUAUAGCGACUUUACUCUAUACUAUUGAAAAGUAUUACUAACGUAAAUAUAAGUUACUCAUGAAGUGUUUGAUUUGAUUCAAACAAAAAGAGAAUGAGAGUGCAUUUUUCUAUAAGAAAGGAUGUUGGGAUGUCAGCAUUAGUUUCCCAGAAGUCAUAAACAAAAAUGAACAAAAACAUUUAGAAUGAAAACAUUGUAUGAAUUUCUGUGGUUAAUAGUUGUUGUUUUUGUACCAUGAGCAUUGGAUAUAAAUAAAUUCAAAUUUUGAAAGCAGGCGUUAUGAUAAAUAAAUGAAUCUUUUAAAUUCCUCUCAAGGUAUUCUUUUGUUGAGUAAGUCCUUAGUAUCAAAUGUGUAUUGUGGCACUAUCCUUCUAAUAAUGAGUAUGACUUAAAGGUGGAUUAUUUUUGCUUGGUUUGAAGGUUUAGUAAUCACUUCAGAUCCUCUUUCACACAAUGCUGUCUAUGGGAGCAGAUUAUGUAAAGCUCAUCUGUUUCUAGGGCUGAUGGUUAAGGAUGGUUUCACAUGGCCAGCACAAAGACCAAUUACCUUUAUUUCUCCAAUGCAAGUCAGAUGUUCAUUAGAGUUGGGGCAUCUUAAAAAUUCAGAAUCAAGUCCCAGUCUGUACUGGGAUUAGAACUCAAGACUGCUCUCUGUCUUUACUGCUCAGCCACCAUGACCCAUUGUCUUAAAUCCAUGAAGUUUUUUUUUUUUUGGUGUUUGUACUUAUCAUAGUCACCAUGUAUUUGUUCAGGAACUGUUUCAAAAGAAUUCAUGCUUAUCUUUAAUCAAGAAAUUGGAAUGUUUUGAAGGAUAAUUAUGUUCUGAAUGUAUUGAUUUAUUAUUAAGACUAAACAAAAUCUCAAAAUGAAUGUUAAGUUUAUACCAAAACAUCAUAAUCUUUAGAUUUCUUUUGAAUGUGUUGCUUUUGCAUCUAAUUGCACACAACAUACAGGAAUCUAGAAUGUAUCGUUUAUUAAAUUGUGCUUUAUAUUUUAUAGAUGAUGUAUAUUGUAUAUUAUUUGCUGCCUUAAAAUAUUUCUGAAUUAAUAUUUGGGACAAUUGUCAAUAAAAAAUGCAAUUGAUA